AUGCCAAAAGCAAAAGGAAGAGCAAAGCAAUUUGCCGACUGGGAAGAAAAGCCCGCCCAAGAUUACGACCCCGAAGCUGAACCCCGUAUCGAGGAUGGCGAGAGCGACAGCGACCUAAGCGUCGACGAGAAUGCAGGCACCGAGCACUAUGUCGCAGUCGGGAGAUCCAAGCUCAGGCGCAAAGAUGCCGUAUCCCUCGGCCCAAAGUAUAGCGGCACCCGUGUGAGCCGCGAUGCGCUGGACCAAGUCUCGGACGGCGAGGAGGAAGAGUCUGAAUCCGACGACUUUGAGAGCGCUCAGGAAGAUUUCGAUGACCCGGACGAGGCCGACCUGGAGAGGGACCAGCUUGAACAUGAGGGUGAAGACGCCGAGAUUGAUAGUGACGAUGCCCUCGGCGAAAGCGACGAGGAGAGAUUCGAAGGCUUCACAUUCCGCGGCAGCUCCAAACCCCGACAAUCCGUCAAGGGCAAAAAGGCCAAGCGACCCACUGCUGCCGACUUCAUGGACGAAGAGGCCGAAGAAUCAGAGGAUCAAGAGGGCGAAUCUGCUGACGACGGCGAGAGCGCCGAAGAAGACAGCGAAGAGGAAGACGACGAAGAUGAUGGUUCCGACCUUGAAGGCUUUAUUGACGAUGGCGACGAUUCCGACUUGGUAGAUGAGGAGGCAUCCGAGGACGAUGACGAACAAGGCGAAAGCGAAAGUGAUGAUGCCGACGACAGCGAUGCCAAAGAAAAGAAGCCGGCCAAAAAGGGCAAGCGAGGUGAAAUUCAGUCCUUGAUGGCUUCCGGAACCCAAUCAGUAGCCAGCGCGUUUGCGACUUCGAUACAAAAAGACGUGGCCAAGGGAAAGGCCGUGCAGCAGCAGAGAAAGGCAUUUGAUGCCACGCUCAACAUUCGCAUCCGGUUGCAAAAGGCCUUGGUAGCAGUCAACUCGCUCAGCACCUUGGAUGAUACCGAGUCACAGUCUGAACCAUACGAAGCGGCAGAAGCUGCCGCCAUGAAACUUCUCAACACCAUUGGCGAUUACCGAAUGGGCAUGCAGGAAAAGGCGGGACAAAAGAGGAAACGGGAUCUGGAAGCAGACACGUCUAGCGAGGAUAUUUGGAAGUCCAUGCUUGACCUGGAGCGUCCAGCCGUGGCUCGGAGGAAAGCCGUUUUGGAAAAUUGGUCCAAAAAGGUCAAGGCAACACAGGCAAUCAAUUCUGGCAUCAGCAAGGGAAGCAAGUUUGUCAAGGUUGAUGAGCCGCUGACAAUGCUCUUGGAAAAUCAACUGCAAGACCCAGAGAGACUUGUCAAGCGAACAAGAAUCCCUCGGUCGUGUGCACCCGUUCAGGUUUCACAAAAGGUCAAUGAGGACGCAGAAAUCUAUGAUGAUGCCGACUUUUACCAGCUUUUACUCAAGGAGCUGGUCGAUCAACGCACUGCCGAUACCUCGGGCGCCGGAGGCCAAGCAGCAACUAUUCGCUACGCUGCUGUCAAGGAGGCCAAGAACAAAAAGCACGUCGACACCAAAGCGAGCAAAGGAAGAAAGAUGCGGUUCAAUGUACACGAAAAGAUGCAAAACUUCAUGGCGCCUGAAGACCGAAGAGUCUGGGAGCAACAAGCGAUAGAUCGCUUCUUUGGUACACUGUUUGGUCAAAAAAUGGUUCUCAGCGAGGAUGUCGAGGAUGAAGAAAUGGACGAAGCCAUUGAUGCCGAAGAGGAAGGUUUGCGUUUGUUUAGAAAUUAG